UCAAGCGAGAGAAAGAGAGAGCUGCUUUUUCCUCCCCGCGUUUUUCUUGACCGUUUUCAUUAUUAAUUAUCCAUCGAAAGAGUUUUUAGAGAGAGAGAGAGUGUGUGUGUGUGUUUUAGAGAGAGAGAGAGCAUCGUCCUUGAGAUGAAGACGGGUUACGGAAGAGUCGUCCCUGUUUCAGCACUGUGUUCGGUGCUUGUGCUCUCGAUCGUCGCGGUUUUCAUGGUUUUAGGCCGUUCCAGUUCGAAAUUGGAGUAUUCAAUACCGAUCGUGGAGUUGAAGACGAAGAUCACCAGUAGCAGCAAUGAGGUUCAAGCUGUUCUCACUGAUCAAUCCACUGUUUCCUUCCCCAAUCGUCCGUCUAGAAACCGAACUGUCAUGAGAGAAGAUCAGAAACUCGAGCAAGGACUUGCUCGAGCACGAGCUGCGAUUCGGAAGGCCGCUUCGAUUCGAAACCUAUCCUUAACUUCCGCCGACGGUGGCAUCCACGCCGGCGACAUCUACCGCAACCCCGGCGCAUUCUAUCAAAGCUACGUGGAGAUGGAAAGAAGGUUCAGAGUAUACGUGUACGAAGAAGGGGACCUACCAAUAACACAUGAUGGGCCCUGCAAGAACAUAUACACGACGGAAGGGAGAUUCAUACACGAGAUGGAGCAUGGGGGCAGUAGGUUCAGGACGAGGGACCCACAUAAAGCUCACGUGUACUUCAUGCCUUUCAGUGUCACCUGGAUGGUCAAGUACCUCUACAAGCCUCUCUCUCACAACCACGCCCCACUACUCAACUUCGUCUCCGACUACGUGAGGGUCAUCUCCACCAAGCAUCCGUUUUGGAAUAGGACUCAUGGGGCUGACCAUUUCAUGCUCUCCUGUCAUGAUUGGGCUCCACAUGCCUCACAAGGCGACCCAACUCUCUACAACACAUCCAUUAGGGUUUUGUGCAAUGCCAACUCCUCUGAAGGAUUCAACCCACAGAAAGAUGUCAGCCUGCCUGAAAUUCACCUCUACGACGGCAACAUGCCCUCCAAACUCCAAUCCCCUCCACCCAAAAACACAUCGCGGCCGCACUUAGCAUUUUUUGCCGGUGGCAUGCACGGCCCUAUCAGACCUAUCCUCCUCCAGCAAUGGAAGGACCGCGACACCGACCUCCUCGUCUACGAGUACCUCCCCAAAGGCCUAGAUUACUACUCUUUCAUGUUACAGUCCAAGUUUUGCCUGUGCCCUAGUGGAUAUGAAGUGGCUAGCCCUAGAAUUGCUGAGGCCAUUUACGCUGAAUGCGUCCCGGUGAUUAUUUCUGAUCAUUAUGUGUUGCCAUUCAGUGAUGUGCUCCGGUGGGAGGCAUUCUCGAUACAGGUUGAGGUUUCGGAGAUUCCGCGGUUGAAGGAGGUGUUGAUGGCUGUUUCUGAAGAGAAGUAUAUGAAGCUGAAGGAGGGUUUAAGAGCUGUGAGGAGACAUUUUGUGCUGCAACAGCCAGCUAAAAGAUUUGAUGUGUUUCAUAUGAUAUUACACUCUGUGUGGCUUAGGAGAAUAAAUUUAAGACUUUGAUCGAUUGAUAGUAAUUAGUGAUAUAUACUUGUAUUUAGAAAAUGAAUGAAAGAAAUAUCUAAUAUCUUUUUUUCUAGCAUGUUUUUUCUUAACAUCACCACUAGG